AGUCAGUACCGUGCCGGUGGGCGGCGGCGGCGGCGGCGGCAGGUAGAAGGCGGGCCCGGGACGGCGGCGGCGCGUGGGGUGACUCCGGUGUUCGAUGACGCCAGGUGCGGUGUCCGGUGACGCCCGGUGAAGCUCCACCGGACGUCGGUGACGCACUCCCACCCCGCGCGGACGCAGGGCCGGUGCCGCGGUGCGAUUCAAUCCCGUCUGUGAUCUGGUGCCAAUCGGAGUGAGGAGGUAAACCGCCGCGGGUCGGAGAGAUCGCGUCUGUGUGAGUCGCUCGACACCUGUGGCUGUGACACCUGGCGUGCGACCACCGGCUGCCGUCGGCGCAGCCCAGUCGCUCGGCCCGCUCGCCGGGUGUGAACGUGUGAAGCGGAGCUGUUCGCUGUGCGGGCGGUGAUAACGAGUGUCGGCCGUGCGGUGAGAGUCGCCCGCCCACCGUCCGCCGGGCGCGCCCACUCGCAGGAGCUCCAGCAGUGCUCGGAAUGUGCGCGCCGCCUCAGUAAUCAUACCCGGUCAGUGGUCAGAGAACCCUGAGAGCGGUGGCCGGAGAACCCGGAGGGCGGCUGCCGGAGAACCCUGAGUGUGACAGUCAGAGGAUCCGGAGAGAGGCGGCCAGAGAACCCUGAGGGCGGCGGCUGGAGAACCCUGAGAGAGGCGGCCAGAGAACCCUGAGAGAGGCGGCCAGAGAACCCUGAGGGCGGCGGCUGGAGAACCCUGAGAGAGGCGGCCAGAGAACCCUGAGGGCGGCGGCUGGAGAACCCUGAGAGAGGCGGCCAGAGAACCCUGAGGGCGGCGGCUGGAAAACCCUGAGGGCGACUGCCGGAGAACCCUGAGGGCGGUGUUCGGAGAACCCUGAGGGUGGCGGUCGCAGAACCCUGAGAGAAGCAAAAGAGCUCUAAGAGCGCCAGAGAAUCCCGAGGGCGCGGAGGCAAUGGCGCUCCUGCGACCGAGCGAUUUCGAGAGCGACUACAUGAAGAGAAAGAUUGAUGAGGUGUUGGCCAAGGAGGCGCGCGCCAGGAAUCGGAAGAGCAUCUUCCAGAAUGGCAUCAAGCAGCGCAGCUACCCUGCCGUGGUUCGGGGGGACGAGAAGGAGUACAUCGGGUUCGCCACGCUGCCGGAGCAGGUGCACAGAAAGUCGGUGAAGCGAGGCUUCGACUUCACACUGAUGGUGGUCGGCGAGACGGGCCUGGGCAAGUCGACCCUCAUCAACAGUCUGUUCCUGACGGACCUCUACAAGGACCGGCAGCCCACCGAUCCGACAGAGAAGAUUAACAAAACGACGAAGAUCGAGAAGCGGACGAUGGAGAUCGAGGAGAAGGGCGUCCGACUGCGCCUCACGGUGGUGGACACGCCAGGUUUCGGAGAUGCGCUCAAUUGCGAGGAGAGCUACCGAGUCUGUGAAAAGUACAUCGACGAUCAGUUCAACAAGUACUUCCAGGACGAGAGUGGUCUGAACCGGCGCAAUAUCCAGGACAACCGGGUGCACUGCUGCCUCUACUUCAUCCCUCCGUACGGCCACGGCCUGCGCCAACUGGACAUAGAGUUCAUGAGGCGACUUCAUAAAAAGGUGAACCUUGUUCCCGUGAUAGCUAAAGCCGACGUAUUAACACAAAAAGAGAAGAAACGAUUGAAGGAAAAUAUGAUGAAAGACAUCGCAGCUAACCAGAUUGAAAUAUACGAGUUUCCCGAGUGUGACCCAGAGGAGGACGACGAGUUCAAGCGGCAGGACGCCGAGCUCAAGGCCAGCUUCCCGUUCGCCGUGAUCGGCUCCAACACGGUGCUGGAGGUGGCCGGCCGCCGGGUGCGCGGCCGCCAGUACCCCUGGGGCGUGGUCGAGGUCGAAAACCAGCAGCACUGCGACUUCGUCAAACUGCGCACCAUGCUCAUAUCGACACACAUGCACGACCUGAAGGACAUGACUCAGGAAGUACAGUACGAGAAUUUCCGCACGCAGUGCAUAUCUCAGAUCUCUCAGAUGGCGAUGAAGUCACGGACGAAGCUGAAGCGGGAGUCGCAGACGUUCGGCGACACGGGACAGGCGGACAAGCUGCUGCAGCAGAAGGACGAGGAGAUCCGCCGAAUGCAGGACAUGCUGCACCAGAUGGAGGAGAAGCUUCGAACACAGCAGUCCAUCGACCAGGGACACGACAGCGUCAUCAACGUCUGAGUCAGUUCCAUCGGCCUGUCUCGGACCAUGACUAUGACGUCUGCCAGUGGCAUUGCAAUGCAUGAGGUCCUGCUGAGAGCUGUAUCUUCAUACCGACGCCAUCGCGCUAAGCGCGUGUCUCAGUGUUGCAUUCUCGCAGACCAGACCAAGGCAGUCCAACAGUGGCUCUGUGUCGGAAACUCUGUCGAUGGUGCGGUAAGGUCCCAGAGCGUCGCGGGACUCCGAGGAGCGCAGUGCCACUUGGCGAGGAUCGGGACCAAAGUCGGCGCUUUGUGACGCUGCUGGCGGCGCUGAACACAGACGCGCGACUGGUAUGUGUCGAGCUUCCCCAGUGCGCCGCUAUAAACGCCGUGAUGAAUGUCAUGCCCGUCAUAGAUUGAUCCGCUUGCUGAGUCUCGGGGGUCGUGUCGACAUUAGUAGUUGAUCUGACUGGCUCAGACUGCUACGGUAGUACUAUGAUAACAAACCAGGCAGCAACAUGGACGGCCGAAAGUCAUGAGGGUGUGUCAUUGUCACGAGAAAUCCGAACCUCUCGCUCGCGUGUGACUGGUCACUGACCAUGGUAACUCUGUCGAUCUACCUACUCUGCCAGCUUGAAUGAGGCCGAAGCGGGUCGGCCUUUCCGACGAGUGUGUUAUAAACAGCGGCGUCAAGUCAUGCCUCAUCAACUGUAUUGUGUGAUCAUUUAUUUGUUUAUGGCUGUACCUACACGGACGAAGUAUUUAAUUAUGUGUCGACGUCGCUGUAUGUAGAGUCUCAUGAAUCACAUCGCUAAUGCCCUCAGCAAGCAGAUAGUCAUCCUUUUAUUUUAUAUGCACGGUGCACCUUAGUAUGCCCCGGUUUGCUUUUCUUGGCGUAAAACAGUAUAAGUUAUCGGGAUGUUCGAUGCGUUUGACAUUAUGUUGGCAUGCAUAUGUAUAUGCGCAUAAGUGAGCGUAAGAUAUUUCCUGAGCAGACGCAGACCUAGAAACUUCGUACCGGUUUUACAUAUGAAUAUGUGACAAAGUUAUAUCAUUUGCUGCGCUGUACGAAUGACUCAACGUCGUGCCGCUUACGGUUUUUGUAUGUGUACCACAUCGUGGAAUGCGAAGCUCUAGCGCACACGCGACUGGUGAGUGACGCCACUGCCGCUGUGGUGACUGGCGCUGCAGCCGGGCUGCCACAUUUCGGCACUCCCAGUGGGCUCCCCAUAACUGAUGGCAGUAGAGACGCCGGGAGCGGCAUCCGCCCUCAGUGAAACUCACAGCCAGACUGCGACCCAUUAUCAACACAGUGGCGUGUUUAGUACAGUGUGCUUCGUGGCUUCUUAUAUCAGUACAAAAUAAUAAAACGAAUACUGCUUA